AACUCGGUGUCUGAAGCGGCGCGGAAGAAAGAGCGGGACAUGGUCAGGAGGGAGAUUGAGCGGCUGCGUUCGUCCAUCCAGACGGUGUGCCGCAGCUCCCUGCCUCUGGGCAAGAUCAUGGACUACAUCCAGGAGGACAUGGACGCCAUGCAGGCUGAACUGCACACCUGGCGACGGGAGAACAAGGAGCACGCACAGGCCUUGCUGCAGGAGCAGAGAGCGACAGACCGGGCAGUGGAGCCUCUUAAAGCAGAACUAGCUGAGCUGGAGCAGCUGAUCAAGGACCAGCAGGACAAGAUUUGUGCUGUAAGGUCCAACAUACUGAAGAACGAAGAGAAGAUCCAGAAGAUGGUGACAGGAAUCAACUUCUCCUCAAGAACCUGAAGUGAGAAACAUGGUCCAGAGAAAAUCCUCUAAAAAAUGCAGACUGUUUUUCUUAGAGAUAAUGUGGGAAAAGGACCAAACACUGCACUUUUAGGUUUUCCUGUCAGAACAGGAGAUGGACCUAAAAAAACACAUAUUUCUACUACACGGUGGGAAAUAAACACAAGGCAGAUGCUGGUAAAUAAAACCACCAUGCCAUGGUUUAGAGCUCUGACUUCAACAUAACUGUGUGAUAAAAUGCAAAAAGAAGACGGUAGAGUUGGAGAAAUAACUCCAUAAAUAAUUCAAAUUGAUCUUCCUGCUCUGCACACUAUCCUAACCCCAUCCUCUGCCCCUGUUCUGUAACGGUGCCUUUGUGGAAUGAGCCACUGCACAGCUCAUUAUAGUCAGACUAGAUAGUUAUAUUUAAUGCUUGAUUUUGCCACACGCUCAGCUGUCAUUAGACCAAACUGUACUCUUUUAAUUACUCAGUGUGGCACACAUCACAUCAUUUUUCCAAGUCCUGAGGACCUGGAUCUUUGUCACACAGGACUCAGUUUUCUUGGAGUAAUGAGCAGACGUGUGUUCUGCUUCAUUUGCCGUUUUCCAUGGUGAUUAUUGCGUCUGCUGUAGUGCUGUUGGACUAGCUAUACAACAAUAAUUAAACCUUCUCGUUGCACAUUCAGACGGUUGAAACAGGAGGAAAGUUCUAAUAAAUUUUCUCUCUCUUUCCUGGAGAAAUCUAGGAUGAAUGUGGAGGGUCGUGUGUGACCCAGUUGACUGAUUCAGUUGUUACAGGAUUGUGGAGCCCUGGUUUGAAUCUGUCCAGGGACCUUUUAUAACAGUCUUUUCUUUUUCUUCCAAACCUUGUCUUUCAAGCCUCUUCCCUCAAGCUCCCUCCCUAAAAAAGGAGGAUUUAGACUGUCUUCAGCAAGCGUUUUCUUUGCUUACAACAACCUUAUCCCCUCUUUAAAAAACAAUACUUACAGUUUACCUAAAUGUUCCUUCAUUCACUCUUCCAUUUUUGAAGCACCAUGGCACUUUGCUAAGAGAGAUUAAAGGAGGAGCCUUUGAAUUUCUUGGAAAACAUUUUUGGGCAGUGUUAAGAUUUCUUCUUCUCUCUCUUGUACCUUUCUUACAAAACCUAACAUUGCACAACAACAGUAAUCCAAUGUACUUUUAGGGACAAAAAAACCCAGAGAAACAGAUUGACUCUCCUCACAGUGAACGUGCAGGAUUGUGCAGGUCCCUCAAACUUUAUUUGUACUGUAGAAUUUGCCAAACUCAUCCUUUUUUUGGGGAUGGACACGAUGUUUGGUUAGAUGGCAACUUUUUGUGUGAACUUUCAUGUCUUUAUAAAUGAAAAAAGAUGAUAUUUUACCAUCUCCUUUUGUGGCUGAAGAAAUGUGCUGUACACAUGUAGCUAACAUGGAAAUAUGAAGCAAUACUAGGCUGAUAAUUGAUAACUGUUUUUCUCAAAGCUCCAAUAAUUGAAACAUCUCAUUGUUGUUCAUGUGUGAAUGAACACAAAUCCAAAUGUUUUCUUGCAUAGUGGCCUCUCUCACCCUGAAUGAACAUGCAGUUUCCAUAUUUAAGUAAUAAUACAACUGUCAUUUUACAUUGUUGUUAAUACUUGUACACAUGCAGUCGCUACCUCUGUUGGUUCUUCUGCAGAGUUGCCUCCCAGGGCACACACACUCUCAGUGUUUUUAGGAAACACUUGCUGUGACAUCAUGGUUGGGUUGAUCAAUAUAAUCUUUUUUUUUUCCCAUAACGCCGAGCGGUUGCAGUUUCAUUUUUCAGAAGGUGAUGUGAUGAUCGUACGUACUGUGCUGUGACUGCUCUCUCUCUGCAUAACGACCAAAAUGUUCAUUUUCUGCUCAGACUUGGGUUCCACUUCCAUUUCCUCAUCAGAUCGAUGGAUUAUUACCAGUAGAGCAGAUGACACACCAUCUGUGCUAAGAACAUGAAUUACUUCUGUGAUAUUACUAAUGUAUAUUUGAGGGAAAAACACAUUUAAAUGGAUACUAUGAACCCUAUUUAUGUUGGUGGUUAUAAGAAAACACUGCUGUCUUUAAACACUAACAGGGACAGUCUGGAAAUAUCCUCAUUAACACUCUUCAUUUGUGAGCUAUUGGCUAUAAGGACUCAGCAGUCUUAACGUAUCAUUUAGUCUGAUUUUACUACAUUUUAUAUCAGUAUUAUAUUUAAUCCACUAAAUAUAAAUUAGAACAUUAACCUAUAAAAAAAAUCCAAUUAAAAAAUCUUCAAAGCAAAACUCAUGGAAAAGUGAGAAAGGACCAUUUACACUGUACACUAUUUGUAUCAUAUUUUCAGUUUCUCUUUAAACUGUACAUUAUGUAUAUGUGGAGAUUGUAUCAUAGUUCAAAUAAUGAUUAUAAUUUUGUAGUGGAGUGAAAUAAAUGGUUAUAUUGCAAUA